GCACACAUGCUAAGUCAGUUCACAGCCCUUCAGUGUGGACUCAGUCCUCAUAUUGUCGGCUGCUUCCCAAAAAAGCUGUGACUGACAGGAUAAAGCAGAGGGCGAACUGACAUGACAUGAACUCGGAUGCUUCAAGAAGAAAGAAUUGUGAACUAGAAGGGAGAAGAUCUUCAGGAGGACGUGAACAACUGGAGACACAAAGCAGCAGACAGAGAGGAAAAUAAAGACCCUAACAGAAGAGGAAAAGAGGAGUAUUGACCUCUCUAACCUGCAAAUUUUAACCAUGGACAAUGGCAGUGACCUUAUACACACAAACGACUACUCACAGCAUCAAGACAGAGAGUUAUUCUCAUCUGAGGAGGACAGCAGUCUCUACUUCACCUACAGCGGAGGCUGCAAUGUGCUGGAGGUCAAAAACCUUUGCUAUGAGGUGGAUACAGCAGCUCAGAUCCCGUGGUACGAGAGGCUUUCAGAGUUCAAAAUGCCGUGGGAAAUUAAAGGAAAUAAGCAGACAGCCAUCAACAAGCUGAGCCUCACUGUCCACAGCGGACAGAUGCUGGCCCUUAUUGGCAGCUCAGGUUGUGGUAAAACGUCUCUGCUGGACAUAAUAACUUGUCGGGAUGAAGGAGGCAUCAUGAAGUCUGGUGAGAUUCUAAUUAAUGGGAAGCACAACACGCCCCAGCUCGUCAAGAAAAGCAUCGCUCACGUCCGCCAAGACGAUCGGCUUCUUCCUCACCUCACCGUCCGAGAGACUCUCUCCUUUGUUGCCAAACUGAGGUUGCCCACUCACUUCACACAGGCUCAAAGGGACCAGAGGGUGGAUGAUGUUAUCGCAGAGCUGCGGUUGCGGCAGUGUGCACACACCAGGGUGGGAAACAACUACAUCAGGGGGGUUUCUGGUGGAGAGAGGAGGAGAGUCAGCAUAGCUGUCCAGCUUCUCUGGAACCCCGGUAUUUUGAUCCUGGAUGAACCCACAUCCGGUUUAGACAGCUUUACCGCUCAUAACUUGGUGAUCACACUGUCCCGUCUGGCUCGGGGAAAUCGUCUGGUCCUGCUUUCAGUCCACCAGCCUCGAUCAGAUAUCUUUCAGCUCUUCGACCUCGUCGUCCUGAUGUCUUCAGGUUCAGCUGUUUACUGCGGUGCAGCUCGUGAGAUGGUGCCUUACUUCACUGCUCUGGGACACCCCUGCCCACGAUACUGCAACCCCUCUGACUACUAUGUUGAUCUGAUCAGUAUAGACCGGCGCAGUCCAGAGCGAGAAGCCGAGUGUUUGGAGAGGGCCAGAGUUCUGGCUGAGCAGUUCAUGGAAAAGGUUCGUGAUACUGACGACCACAUGUGGAAAGCCGCUGGGACUGAUGUAGCGCAAACCGACAGCAGCCCUCAGCAGCCAAGCAAGAGAAAAGAAGAUGAAGUAAUAACUAUUUCCAGGCAUGAAAACAGACUGCCAGGCAAACUACACCAGUUUGACACCCUCAUCAAGCGUCACAUGUAUAAUGACUUCAGAGACCUGGUCACCCUAUUAGUUCACGGCUUCGAGGCCCUCCUCAUGUCGCUGCUGGUCGGCUCUCUCUACUACGGGGCAGGAGAAACCCGCCUGUCCAUUCAGGACACCGUGUCUCUUCUCUACAUGAUCGGAGCUCUCACCCCAUUUGCUGUGGUGCUGGACGUCAUAGCUAAAUGUCACACAGAGAGAGCCAUGCUUUACCACGAGCUGCAGGACGGCAUGUACUCUGUGACCUCCUACUUCUUUGCCAAGGUUUUGGGGGAGUUACCAGAACACUGUGUGUUCACAUUAGUCUAUGGUCUGCCCAUCUAUUGGCUGGCAGGACUUAACAAGGCGCCAGACCGUUUCCUUCUGAACUUCUUGUUAGUGUGGCUGAUGGUUUACUGCAGCCGGGCCAUGGCUCUGUUUGUAGCUGCUUUGCUUCCCACCCUGCAGACUUCUGCCUUCAUGGGCAAUUCUUUGUUCACCGUCUUCUACUUGACUGCAGGCUAUGUUAUCAACCUGGAGAAUUUGUGGCUUGUGGCAUCAUGGCUCUCUUAUGCCUCAUUCAUGCGCUGGGGUUUUGAGGGCAUGCUGCAGGUGCAGUUCAGAGGCAACGAGUAUUCCGUCACCAUUGCAAACAUGUCUAUCAAUGUUGAUGGCAUACACGUGGUGGAGGCCCUGCACAUGAACCAGUACCCGCUGUACUCUUGCUACUUGGUCCUACUUGGAGUCUGUCUGGGCUUCAUGGUGCUCUAUUUCCUGUCCCUAAAAUUCAUCAAGCAGAAGUCCAGUCAAGACUGGUGAACAAAACUGAGAAAAACCAAACGCCCUCUGACAUCAUCAGGGUUUUUAUUUUGCAUAAGUGGAAGGGAGGUUCUAGUUCGGCUGGUUUCGAUACCAAACUUUCCAUUUUAUUCCUCUUUAGACAUUUAAUUCAAAUGCUAUAAAAGUAAAAUACAUGCAUGAUUAAAAUGUUUAGAAUUUUGUAAUUUCAGCAUCAUAAACUUUACCUGUGUAAUGGGAAAAAUAUUCAUAAAAUACUAUAUUUACUCAUCUGAAAUAUUUCAAAAUGCUUCCAUCGUUUACGGUUUUAAUCUGCCAACAGAAAAAGAUUUACAGAAGAAAAAGUUGAGCGUGGUGAUGAAACAGUUUGGAGUCGCAGUGCCGCUGCCUGCUGCUGGAUGGCAGCAGAGGACUGUCGUAACAUUGAUUUGAAAAUAAUGAACUUUUCUCUCGUUCGCCCUCUUUUUCCCAGGCAUGGCAGAUGAUUAGAGCGCUACUUUAGCAGAUAUCAAUCUGCAGCUUUUGCUUGUUCCAUUUUCGAUCUUCCUUCUCAGCGUUAUCUUUUUUUUGUAUAUGUAAAGUUAUUAAGCAUAUUAUUAAGACAGAAUACUGAGCACUGAAGAAAGAUGACCAAGAGAAAUUUAGUAGGCCAACUCACACUCGGAAAAAACUUCUUGUGUAGACUGAAUGCUAUGUAAGCUGUGAGUUUUUGCACUGGUGCAAAAGCCUCUUAAAUCUUUUUUCUAACGUGGUUUGAGCCCAAAUGAGUAAAGUAUCGUCUCAAAAUGCCUCA